UUUACUAGACACAUUUAUUUCUAUUUUUCAUUUAAUGUAAUUUAUGCAGUAAUACUACCUACUCGCUUGUAAUGUCAGCGAUAAUGGUCGUAGCGUUCUAACGGCGACGGCGCUCCAUGCUUGCUUACGUAGCUAAAUGCUUUGUAAAGAAGUCCAAGCAGGAGAGAAGAACGAGACUGAAAGAAUUGAUGCUGGACCUUAAGAGGACAUCUAGGAUACUUCACGCCUGCCACACCUCUUCAUCUUAAGGCAACAACCACCACUCGGAUACAAUUUUACCAAAUGCUUCAACUUACUUAUUGGUUUUAUAAAUUUUUUUCAAGUAAAGUGAUGGAUUUGGAGAAGACAUAAAGUGGAAGUUCUUGUCAAGUGACGUAUUGCCAGAAGCUUAAGAUUGGAGUUUUCCAACUUUUUUUUCUCCUCCUGAGGCCACAACAAGUCAAGAAGAAGGGGAAUUAUAGUUUGGAGGCAAAAUGGAUCAGGCCAGCGGUGGGGACGACCCCAAUAAACCCUCUAAAAAGAGGUCCAGUGAGGAUGAAGGCAAAAACAAAAAACUGAACAUACACAUAAAAACAUUGGCCGAUGACAUGCGUGACCGAAUUACCAGUUUUCGAAAAACGGGUAUGAAGAAGGAGAAGCCCCUCAUACAGCACCCGACAGACCCCCUGCCGACCCAGCUCGAGCUUCCAGUCCCUCAGCCGCUAUUUGACGAACGCUCCAUGAACCUCUCGGAAAAGGAGAUUAUCGACCUCUUUGAGAAGAUGAUGGAGGACAUGAAUUUGAAUGAAGAGCGAAAGGCCCCCCUACGUGGGAAGGAUUUAAGCACCAAACGGGAAAUGGUGGUCCGGUACAUCUCAGCCACCGCCAAAUCUAUAACUGGGAGCAAAGUUGUGGGAGGACUGAGGAACAGCAAGCAUGAAUGUACGCUUUCAUCCCAGGAGUACGUCCAUGAGCUUCGUUCAGGCAUCGCAGAAGAAAAGCUUCUUAAUUGCCUGGAGUCACUCCGAGUGUCUCUCACCAGUAACCCUGUCAGUUGGGUUAAUAACUUCGGUCAUGAGGGUCUUGGACUUCUUUUGGAUGCGCUGGAGAAGCUCUUGGAUAAAAAACAGCAAGAGAAUAUCGAUAAACGGAAUCAGCAUAAGCUUAUACAAUGCUUGAAGGCGUUCAUGAACAACAAGUAUGGGCUGCAAAGGAUCCUGGGAGACGAGCGCAGCCUGUUGUUACUGGCGCGAUCCAUUGACCCUAAACAGGCUGGCAUGAUGACAGAGACUGUCAAAAUCCUCUCAGCCUUCUGCAUCAUCGGAGAGGAGAACAUCUUGGAUAAGAUUCUGGCUGCCAUGACAAUUGCUGCAGAGAGGAAUAAUAAAGAGAGAUUUGCUCCAAUUGUGGAAGGACUGGAGAACCACGAUGCCCAACAGCUCCAGGUUGCUUGCAUGCAGCUGAUCAAUGCCCUGGUUACCUCGCCGGAUGACUUGGAUUUCCGGAUACAUCUACGGAAUGAGUUCUUAAGAUGUGGCCUCAAAAAGAUCCUGCCUGAGCUAAAAGAGACAGAGGAGUUGGACAUCCAGCUCAAGGUGUUCAACGAGAACAAGGAAGAAGACUUCAUCGAGUUGACCCAUCGCCUGGAUGACAUCCGAGCUGAGAUGGAUGAUAUGAAUGAGGUGUAUCAUCUCUUGUCCAACAUGGUAAAAGACACGGGGUCCGAGACCUACUUCCUGUCCAUCCUGCAACACCUUCUGCUCAUCAGGAACGACUACUACAUCAGGCCUCAGUACUACAAGGUGAUUGAGGAAUGCGUGUCACAAGUGGUCUUGCAUCGAAACGGGAUGGACCCUGACUUUGGCUCCAGAAGACUGGAUGUGGACUUCACCCAUCUAAUUGAGCAGUGUGUGGACAAAGCUAAAGUUGAAGAGAGCGAGCAGAAAGCUGCCGAGUACUCCAAAAAGUUUGACGAGGAGUUCAGCGCGCGGCAGGAGGCCCAGGCCGAGUCUCAAAAGAAGGAGGAGAGAAUCAAAGAGCUGGAGGGGAAGAUCCAGGCCCUGGAGUCUCAGUUAACUAUUGAAAGUGACAAGCUCAAAGAGGCUCAGAGACUCAUCAGUGAAUCUGAAGCCAAGAUUGCAGCCGGUCCAGCUGUGCCCGGAGCGCCACCUCCACCACCGCAACCCGGAGGUGCUGCGGCACCACCUCCCCCACCUCCUCCUCCUCCCCCGGGUGGCUGCCCACCACCGCCGCCGCCGCCGCCUCCUCUCCCGGGCCAUGCCGGCGCUCCACCACCACCGCCGCCGCCACCGCCCCCUCCGGGUGGUGGACCGCCACCUCCGCCACCACCACCCGGAUGUGGUCCCCCACCUCCUCCACCUUUCUUUGGAGGCCCGGGGGCUCCUCCACCGCCUCCGUCUUUGCCUGUCCUCAAACUGCCGUAUGGACUUGAACCUAAGAAGGUGUACAAGCCUGAAACAGUGAUGAAGAGAGUCAACUGGAACAAGAUAGUGCCCCAGGAAAUGGCGGAGAAUUGCAUCUGGAUCAAAGUGAAAGAGGAGAAGUUUGAGAAUCCCGACCUCUUUGCUCAGCUCUCCCAUAGCUUCUCGUCACAAAGCAAAGUGAGGAAGGAUAUGAAAGAUGACAUCGAGGACAGAAUGGUGCAGUUUAAGAAAAAGGCCAAAGAGCUUCGCAUUUUGGAUGCCAAGACGGCGCAGAAUCUAUCAAUUUUCUUGGGCUCUUUUCGCCUGCCUUAUGAAGAGAUCCGAGACAUUGUGCUGCAAGUGGACGAGGAAAGACUGAGCGAGUCGCUCAUCCAGAACCUGAUAAAGAACCUGCCGGAGCAGAACGAGCUGUCAUCGCUAGCUGAACUUAAGAGUGAAUAUGAAGAGCUGGUGGAGUCGGAGCAGUUUGGGAUCGUAAUGAGUUCGGUAAAACUCUUGCGGCCACGUCUCAACGGCAUCCUUUUCAAGCUGACCUUUGAGGAGCAGGUGAACAACAUCCGCCCAGAUAUCAUGAAUGUCACGUUUGCCUGCGAGGAGGUAAAGAAGAGCGAAGGCUUCAGGAAGCUGCUGGAGUUGGUGCUACUGGUCGGCAACUACAUGAAUGCCGGCUCCAGGAAUGCUCAGACGUUCGGGUUCAACAUCAGCUUCCUCUGCAAGCUGCGAGAUACCAAAUCAAUAGCUCAAAACACGACGCUGCUUCACUUUCUGGCGGACAAGUGUGACGAAGCAUACCCGGAGAUUUUGAGGUUUCCGGAUGAACUGGAGCAUGUGGAGAGUGCCAGCAAAGUGUCUGCUGAGAUCCUCAAAAGCAGUCUGACCACCAUGGAGCGCCACAUUGUCCGACUGGAGAACGACAUUGAGAACUUCCCCAAAACUGACGACGUCCAAGAUAAGUUUGUGGAAAAAAUGUCCGGCUUCUGCAAGCAUGCACGAGAGCAGUACGAGAAGCUGUCCAUCAUGCACAAAAACAUGCAGAAGCUCUACGAGAACACGGGCAGCUACUUUGCCUUCGACCCACAAGCUGUCAGCGUGGAGGACUUCUUCGGGGAGCUGUCCAACUUCCGCAUCCUGUUUAUGGAAGCUAUGAAGGAGAACCACAAGAAGAGGGAGAUGGAGGAGAAGAUCAAGAGAGCCAGGCUGGCGAAGGAAAAAGCCGAGCGCGAGAAGCAGGAGCGUCAGCAGAAGAAGAAGCAGCUGAUUGACAUGAACAAAGAGGGCGAUGAAACCGGUGUCAUGGACAGCCUCAUGGAAGCUCUACAGUCUGGAGCAGCCUUCCGCGAUCGGCGAAAACGGACGCCACGAAACGGUGAUCAAAGUCCGUCCAGUCCAGCCUCGCGAUGGCCGACUGCUAACUAUGGUUACAGAACCUUAGAUAACCGCAGAGCAGUUCUGGAACGAUCCCGCUCUCGCCACAACACCAACCACCAAGCUCGAUGAUGUGGCCAAAGAGGAACUGGAGGACGGCAUCCUGUCACUGUGUCCCACACUCAUGCAAACACAUGCAGGCAGCACGUGCACCAUGCCUUACACACGGAGUCGCAAUAUUGUCCACCUUUAGGUCAUUCAAUGGAAGCAAAAAAAAAAGGCUGCCAUAAAGGUGCUAUGCUGCUUAUGACAAAUACUAGCCCACCACACAGCAGGAUUCAUGUUGACACGCAAAAAAAACCCAGAAGAUGGAGCUUUCCAAACGUAAGCGCUAAUACUUCAGAGCAUGUGACUCUCACACCUCCAUUUUCGACAGGAUGGGUUUCAUUUAUCACGCACGUCCGUUUUGACAGGAUGUAUUUUAUUUUUACAUACCUCCAUUUUUGACAAUUUGCUUUUUAUUUGUUCCCACACUUCCAUUUUGACAGGAUGUAGUUUGUUUGUAAACACUGCCGUUUACUUGGGACGCAUUUUAUUUUUACGUACCUGUCAGGAUUGAUUUUAUUCAUCACGCACCUCCAUUUUCCGACAUGAUGCAUUUUAUUUUUUUACACACCUCCAUUUCGACAGGAUGCAUUUUAUUUUUUACACACCUCAUAUUUUUGACAUUAUACAUUUUAUUUUUUUACACACCUCCAUUUCGACAGGAUGCAUUUUAUUUUUACACACCUCAUAUUUUUGACAUUUUAUUUUCACGCAUUAUUUUAAUGUACCGACCCUGUUGACAAGAUCAAUUUUAUUAUUUACUCAGGAUGCAUUUUGUUCUUUAUGCACCUAGAUCAAGGCCAAGUACAUUAUAACUAUAGCUGAUAAUUAAGAUUCCUCCGCUGCAGCCUGUAAGCGUCUUUAUAUCAUGGAACAAAACGCAUCAUGUUCUUCGGCGAUGGUGAGCCACAGGGCAUAUUUUAUGCAUCAAUUUGAAAACAAGGCAAGAGUUUAAAAAAGAAAAUAAAGCAACUGAGAAAUGAGAAAAUUAGAGCCCGGGCUCCCUGGUGGGAUGCCCGUCGCAGUAGCAUCUCCCAACUAAUGAAGUCUUAAACAUUCAACAAACAGAAUGCGCCUCGUGCUUGUUGGUGUUUAAAAUAAUAGAGCGCAGACUUGGUGACCACAGUUUUAGGGAACAGAGCCUAGGCCGCAUAUUCAUAUAUUCAUGCCUCGGGUGCCCCGGUCUAUCCGACCGCCGGCUCGCUGCCCUCAACUGUAAGCAGAUGCUGCAAACAACAAGCAAUGAGUCCACGGCCAGAGUCAAGAUGCUUCUUGUCUCAGCCAGUCAGCCUCCAACCACCAGCUCACAACACAAAUGGGAUUCCAUAGGAUUCAGUAGGAUAAUCCAUCAGAAUAAUGUCUUUCUGUCUUUUUUCCUGACUAAAAAUGCAAUCAUUUGAGCUGAAGGUGGAGCCAUGAUGCUUGGAGGUCAUCAACUGCCCCCCCUACGAUUGAAGAUUCUCAGUGUUGUAACUAUUAGGGCCACAAUGAAAAGUGAUUACCAAAAAAAAAAAGUUGUAAAUCUAUAACAAUAACAUUGCUAUUGUGCAAAUAAAUGUUUCAGCAACACAGUGCUCAUUUUACAAGAAUAUUGUUGCAAAUGUAUAUUAAACAUGAUGCAUUAUGUUCCUAAUAUUGCAAAUGCAUUCCAGUAAAAUUAGAGGAUUUUUUUUGUAAAAACAAAAUUAAUUUUUUUUAUUUGCCUCAAAUUUUUCUCUUAGCUUUGUUUUUCCUGAAAAGUGACAAGUUCAAUUUAAUAAUAUUGCCACUUUGAUUUUGUUUUUCUUUUCUUCAAUGUGUUCUAAAAAAAUAAAGAAUAAUAAUAAUGAAUAAAAAAUACUGAUAAGAUUUCUUUUCAAGUUUGUUUGUGUCUCCUAAGAUUACAUAACAAAUUACUACUCUCAAAAUUUCUCGUAAAAAUUUUACAAAAAAUAAAACUUUUUUCUUGUAACUCUGUGAUAUUUUCUUGUAAAAUGACUCAAGUAGUUACAAUUUUAAAGUAAUUCUAUAACUUUUGUCUUUUCCGUGUGGCCCUAAUAGGGUUUGCAUAUUUUUCCUUUUUAAUGUUUUUUUUUUACUCCACACUGCAAAUGUAUGGUGUCAUACUUAUUAUUUUGGGUUAAUUUGACUGGACUUUUUUUGUCUUUCCGAAUGUGCCAACUUUUAAUUUAACAAAUAUGAGACCAUAUUUAACAAAAAAAAAAAAAAAAGUUUAAAAAAAAAAAAAACAUUUAUUUUUAAAGCUUGUGUUGAUAUUUUAAAAAGGGAGCAUCACUCUCUUUGGGUUUGACAAAUAGUGUAUAUACAUUGUUAGGGCUUGUUUUGUAUUUGAUCCAUUGUGCGAUGGAAUUAGAUGAAUAAGGUUCAUUGUGGCGUGAGGGAUGUUUAUGUCAGGACAAAGGGGAGUUAGGUGGUAUUUCUUAUGCUCUAAAAAAUAUAUAACUUAAAAAAAAAUUGUGGUUGUUACUGCUGCAUUUGAGUGCAUCACGUAGAAAUGACCAUACGUGAUAUAAACAGCAUUCAAACCAUAGCUCAUCCUCCCUAAAAAGUGUUUGUAUUCCCUUCCCAAAUUGUGUUUUAGCAUCUUGUGUUUUCUUAUUGAAGAUAGCGAAAAUUGUCUCAUUAGUCAUGUGUGUUGUGUUCAAGGACCACCAUCUUUUAGAUUCAAAGACAACAGUGUGAAACCUCCAAAAGGUGUUAAAAAAGGUGCCAUUAAAAAAAAAAAAAAAAAAGACGAUGGGUGGCAAGCACUUUAAUUAAAAGAGAGGAAAGGGGGGGGGGGGGGGGACUUAGCGGUGUGGUUUGCAGUCACUUUACCUCACAAGAGAAAAGAUUUGCUCGAGAUGUGUUUUUCUGAAUUCAACAUUGCCACUAAGGUCUUCUUCAAAUGUGCUAAAGUUGGGCAAAUAGUCCCCCAGCUGCCUCUUUUUUUGAGUUGUCACUGCCGACCAAACAGGACUUUGUUUGGUGGCCAUGUUGUGCUCAGCUGCUGCCAACCUUCUAUGUUGAUUGGUCUUGAAAAACAUCAUGCUACCUUUGUAUCCCUGACAACAUGAUGGGAAGGAAAACAGGACAAUGCGCCCUCUCCUUCCACAGAAUAUGUAAUGGAAUAUGAUACUAAAUAAUAACCACUUUUCUUUUAUAAACUGAUUCCUGGAAGUCACACUUGAUGUUUACGUGUGUUAUUACGUUCUCUUCCAUGCACUCUCCUACCACUUUGGUAGGAACAUCAUCACUUUUCAUUCAACACUAUCUCAUUGUCACUAGGCAGACGUGACAUGCAUUCAAAAACACGCUGAACGUCUUUAUUCAUGUCUUUAUCAUGCAUAUAUUUUUGGAGUCAGAAAUCCAAAGAAAAACAGCCAUCCAAUCAAUUUUCUAUGCCGCUUAUCCUCACUUGGGUUGCGGGUAUGCUGGAGCCUAUCCCAGCUGUCUUUGGGGGCGAGAGGCGGGUACACCCUGGACUGGUCGCC